AUGGAUCCAGAAGAGCAUUUUUCCGGUGUUGAUCAGGUGAAUUUUAAUGAUGUAGGCAAUACCAUUGUAAUUUCUUGUUUGAAUGAAAAUUCUAAGGGUAUUAAGUCUGAUGGUUCUGAAAAUGUGUUUUUUGUAAAGGACGAUGUAGAGGAGCAUUGUCUUAAUGCAUCUGAUGUCCAUUGUGAAAGAUCAAUAGAGGUGGUGUACUGGUUUAUUAGUAAAUAUAUGAUAUCAUUAACGUCUAAGCAGACAAUCCCAUUGACAGAUGAAGAAAAGGAAAAGAAGCUAGAAAGUCUUAAGAAAAUUCUUAGUGAAAGGCGUAAGUUUCAAAAGAUUAAAGAAGAUAGAGAGGCUUGUGAAAAUGAGUUAAUUCGUCGAAAAAGAGAUCGGGAGUAUGUACAGUUAAUUGAAGAACAGAAGCGUCAGGCGCAAUUAAGAGAUAUUAUGUUAAGAAAAGAAGAAAAAAAACAAGAUCUUCUUGAAAAAAAGCGUAUUAUGCAGCGAAUUGAAGAUGAUAAACGUGAAAGAAAAGAACGUCAGGAACGGGCAUGUCUUAUGAAAAGCGAUGUUUCUGAAAAUGCCUCGUCUACUUUACCUGUUCCAAAAACGAUUUCGUAUGAUACGUCUAGAUUGCAAAUACGUGUUGAAGCGGGAACAAGGUGUUCUCCGAUUGUUCGUGUGUUUUCUUCAGAGGAUACAUUAAGGUUAAUUGCUCAAAAUAUUUUUCCAGAGUCUGGUGUUAGUCCUGAUACAGCUAUUUUUGUUUCUACUUUUCCUAAAAAAGAGUAUUCUGGAGACUGUUUGGAUAAAACUCUAAAGGAACUUCAAUUGGUUCCAUCUUGUGUGCUUAUUCUUCGGUCUUGUUUAUGA